AUGCCUGCAAGAGCCUCAACGCGGUCGACGAGGACGUCAGCGGCGGUUUCCAGGAAACCGUCGACCGCUGCCUUGGGCUCCCGCGCAUCCGCCACGUCUCGCGCCUCGUCGUCGGCUGUCGAAUACGUCGACACACCAAGCAGCGCCUUGCGAACACAGACAUGCGCCGUGUUCCGCGACGCGCAAAGGACGACUGCGACCCACCGCAAACUCGCAAUCAAUCUCCGCAAGAUACACGAGUCCUGCUGCUAUGAACCGACAAGCAAGAGCAGCACCCCGUCGAGCGAGUUUGACGAGGCUACAUUCAACAAGGAGUUUGUGCGCUGCGUGUUGAGGAUCAUGCCUGUGCGCAAGGCCGAGAGCGUCGGCGAGAGGUCCAUUCGCUUCGUUGGUUUCUAUCUUCGGCACGCCAACGACAAGGACAUUGAGAUUCUCGGCGAGGCCGAGGCGGACGCAAGUAUGAUGCCUGAAACCCCAAGCUCGCGCCUCACAUCGGAGCUCCUCGAGGCAAUCCUGCCUUGCAUGACAGCAAAGGACAAGUUUGUCAGAUUCAGGUCCACGCAACUCGUCUCCCACGUCAUCAACUCCCUGGACGCCAUUGACGACGACCUCUUCCAAAAACUUCGACACGGACUGCUCAAGCGGAUACGCGACAGGGAAGCAAUGGUUCGCUCCCAGGCCGUCCUGGGCCUAGGUCGCUUGGCCGGCAACCAGUCAGAAGGAUGCGCCAACACGGAAGGCAGCGAUGACGAUGAGGCGACCGACUUGUUGGGGAAACUACUCGACGUCAUGCAAAACGACCCGAGCGCCGAUGUGCGACGGUCGCUUCUAAUCAAUCUCCCUAUCCUUCCCAACACUCUUCCCUACUUGCUUGAGCGAGCCAGAGAUCAGGACCCAGCAACGCGAAGGGCCGUCUACUCGCGCUUGCUCCCGGCUCUGGGCGAUUUCCGCCAUCUGUCCUUGUCCAUGCGGGAGAAGCUCCUUCGAUGGGGCCUUCGAGACCGUGAUGAGAACGUCCGCAAGGCCGCUGGCAGACUGUUUAGGGAGCGGUGGAUCGCCGACUGUGCCGGUACCCAAGAAGAGGGGCAAGCCCCCGAACCGGUGCCUCCGAGCUUCGACGGUCUCUUGGAGCUGUUGGAGAGAAUCGACGUCGUCAACUCUGGCGUUGAGAACGGCGUUGCCCUGGAGGCGAUGAAAGGUCUCUGGGAGGGCCGCCCAGACUACCGCGAGGCCGUCACUCUGGACGACAACUUUUGGGAAACUCUUUCUGCCGAGUCCGUCUUCAUGGCCCGGAGCUUCAACGACUUCUGCCGCAACGAGGGCAACGGCAGAUACGAGGCACUGGUGGAGGAAAAAAUGCCAGAAGUCACCAAGCUCGCCUUCUACCUGGAACGCUAUAUGCAGGUCCUUGUUGAGGCCCUUAAGAGGGUGGCUCAGCAGGACGACGACGAAGAGGACACCGUCGAGCAAGAGUUCAUCGUCGAGCAGCUGCUGUACAUUGCCCUGACACUCGACUACUCGGACGAAGUCGGCCGCCGCAAGAUGUUCACCCUUCUCCGACAGUCGCUGUCAAUUCCCGAGCUUCCCGAUGACGUGACCAAGCUCACUGUCGAGGCACUGCAGUACAUCUGUGCUCCGGACGCGGCCGGGGAGCGCGAGUUCUGCGGCGUUGUCUUGGAGUCUGUGGCUGAUGUCCACGACACCAUUGUCGAUGACCCGCCGGCCGACGAUGUCGAGGACAGCUUCCACUCUGCAAAGUCGGAGGUGAGCCACGGAAGCGCUGCAGCAGGCGAAGAGAAGCGCAGCACUGGCGCGGGGACGGACGAGGAAGGCGCUCGUGAGAAGGCUGUUAGGGAAAUCGUCGUCAACAUGAAGUGUCUUCACAUCGUCCAGUGCAUGCUCACCCACGUGGCAGGCAACCUCAAGGACAACGCGGAUCUGGUCUCCAUGCUCAACAACCUCGUGGUCCCUGCCGUGCGGAGCCAUGAAGCGCCCGUCCGCGAAAGAGGCUUGGUCAGCCUGGGACUCUGUGCAUUGCUGGACAGAUCGCUGGCGGAGGAGAACUUGGGCCUCUUCAUCCACUUCUUCAACAAGGGGCACACGGCCCUGCAGAUUACGGCACUGCACAUAUUGACGGACAUCCUCAACGUCCACGGGGCGCAGUUGCUGUCGUCGACGCCCGCCUUGCUCAAGGUCUAUGUCAAAGCCGUCAAGGGCGGCGCAAAGGCACCGGAGGUCCAAGCCGCGGCCACGAUAGCGGCGUCCAAGCUGCUCCUCGGGCGUGUUGUCAGUGAUGAGGAGACGUGCGAGGAGCUGCUCAAGUCGCUCGUCGUGGCCUACUUUGACCCUUCUUCCGCGUCCAACCAGACCGUCAGACAGGCGUUGAACUACUUCCUCCCUGUGUUUUGCUACUCUCGCGCGGCGAACCAGGAUCUUAUGCGGGCCAUUGCUCUUCAAGCCCUUCACUCGCUCCUGAACCUGCGCGAGGGCUUGGAAGAUGACGACGUCGACGUCGAGGAGGACAUGGUCAGCAUGACGACAAUCGGCGCCUGCCUGGUCGACUGGACCGAUCCUCGAAAGUGCUACAGCUUGGGCGUUCAGCUGGAUGCGGAGAAGAAGAACGUCAACGGCGAUGUCCACCUGGACUUUGGCCGUGACAUCCUGGAAAGGCUGCGGUCCAACAUUAGCAAGGAUGAGAAGAAGCUGGUUGCCGGGCUCCUCGGCAAACUCCACGUCUCCCCCGGCUCGUCCGAGGACAAGAUCCGCGAGCUCUACGCACAAGUCACCGAGGCCGUGGACGAGGGUCUGCUCUCCGACGCGACCAGCCGCAACGCUCUUUACAAGGUGCACGUCAGCCUAGGCAAGGUCGUCAACAGCCUCGACGAGCAGCUGCAGCCCCUGAACCGGCGUGCCAGCCGCAGCGCGUCUGUAAUUCUGGAGCGACAGCCGGCCGAGGACAAGACGGUCGUUGAGGAGCCGAGGAUCAAGGAAGAGCACGAGGACAGCAACGAGGCGACGGCUGUCCCCAAGGAGAAGGACUCGCUCGUGGACGACUUGCUGUCCGACGGCGAGGACACCAAAAUGAUGGAUGCUUGA